AUGGAGUUUCUUAGAAGCGCUAACGAGAUUAAUCCACUUAAAUUAAGAGGAGUUAUAAUUAGCAACGAUGAAAGCUCUAGUCCAUUUGAUAUAGAACCUUCGGAUCUGAAAAAAGUUUUGUUGAUGUCAUUAGACGAAAUGCGAGAAUACUUAUGCCAGGAAAGUUUGAUUUUAAUUGGUCGACAAAACACUAAUUUUCGAAAUGCGUUUAAAAAUAAGAUACCACUUGCUAGAGAACCUGAGUGUAAACUUAAGGAUAUUUUGAUUCCAUUAAAUGAAGAUGCACAAGAUGGAUCAUAUUCUUUUUACCUGGAGAAAGACUUAAGAAGACCGGGUUUUCCCGAAAUUGUUAAUAGACUUCGUAUAGAUUAUGGAUAUAAAAAAAACAAUGGUAAUAUCGAGUCUGCAAAUGAAAAAGCUUUUCGUGUCAGAAGGCCACAUAUGAUGGAUGUUAUUACUGAACAAAAACUUGAACAGCAUAAUGCAGAAGUUCCUGGGAGAAAGUUACUUAUUGUAAAAAAAGGUUCCAUUAGAUUGUUGCAGGAAGAUUUGGAACCUACUCAAGAAUACAUCGAUGCAGUUGAAAAUGCAUUAAAUGAACCAGAUAAUCAAAGACGAAGAGAAGCUUUGAAUGCUGUGGGAGAAGAAUACGGGUCAAAAGAAAUUUUGCUUGGAGGCAAACUUUACGUGGAUAAUGCGCAAGCCAACAAUCUCACUGAUUUAGAAAAUUUGAAACUUUUUGAAAAUUGGCAAAUUAUUGAACACAAUGAGCUUUUGUCAUUAUACAAUUUGUUACCGCAAAAACUUAUUCUAAGGAUAAAAGAGGUCAUCGGAAUGAAAUUACUGUAUUGCAAUAUUUUAUCAAUUGAUAUGCAAAGGAAAUGUUGUAACAUAACUCAACUUAUCAACAAGCCACAAGAAAUUUCUACAUUCAAAGAUGUUAAGAUAUUUGCUUCUGUAGUUGUGAUGAAUAAUAAAACAUCAUAUCGCAAUGUAUUUGGAAUUAGAAUUGAUUAUCAGAAUGAUGAAAGCCCAUACAUCGUAGUCACACGAAUUGGUCCAGCAAAACAUCAUUUUAAGCUCUCAAUCCCUUGGAUGUUAAUUGGCUAUGUAGAGAAUCUACCAAUCGGACCAAUUGAGAAUGAUCCUAUUGAUUAUAUUUCUUUAAAUUUUGAUCAUUGUUGGCUAGGAACUUGCGUUUUAAACUCUGAUGAUAAUACCGCAUAUGAGUUUGGCAAAAAUAAAAAUGUUAUGAGUUAUCAUUUCCGUAAUACUGCGAAUAAUAAUACACAAAUAUGUUGCUAUAAAUAUGAUCUCCAAACUGAUCGAAUCAGUAACACACUAAAAUUUAAAGUUAAUUGUGCUGUUAUACCAGCGGCCGCUAAUUUCCAGAUUGUUGGCCCAGACAUACAUACGUGGAAGUAUAGACCCUGUAGACUUCAGUAUGUAUUAACAAAUAGUCGUACCUAUACCGGAAACAGAUGGCAAUUACCCAAUCUUCCAAAUGCUAUAUUUGCUAGUAUCUAUUACGCGAAUUCUCCAGAUCAUUCUCUUUUUUUAAACCUUCAUAAGAAAUAUCCUAUUGUCAAAUCAUUAACUAAAAUACGUGAGAAUUUUAAUGCCCUUGUUGGUUAUGUUAUAGUAUCUAACAUUAAUAAGAUUAAUACUAAAGAAAACAUCAAUCAAGAGAAUACAAGAAACAUAAGUUCACAACCCAUUAAUAAUCGAAUCAGAAAUGAAGAGGAUUUAGAAUAUAAUUUUUCUUCAAUCAAUAACGAGUCUUUACAACAUUUUUUUAACGAAAACUUUUUCAAAUUAAACCAUGGUCUGAUUAUUAGUUCGCAGAUAAUGUGUGUUGCGACAAACGCAGCAUUUAAUAUUAAAAUAAACCCCAAAAAUUAUAUUAUUAAAAGCUGCGCUGUAAACAUAUUAUCAUCCAAAAGCAAGAGAGAAACAUUUUUAUUAGAAAACAAUAUAAAUUCUGGUUCUUUUCAAUUAUUGCCAUCGAAAUUUAUCAAUAUAAUGACACAAUCAGCAAAUAUUCUAAGUGAUAAUUCACCAGUUGAUGAUAUUUGUCUAGAAAUUAAAUGUCAAAAGAUUAUAUUGAAUUUUGAAAGAGAAUCUAUACAGCCAACCGAGAUAAUAAAAACAGCAGUAAAUAAUGCGUUACAAAGCCAGAGGCCAUAUCAAGAAUUAAUCAAAGUAUUUAAUCUAUAUGGAUAUAUCUUAUCUCAAAAGAUUAUUCUCGGAGAAAAGUUGUACGAAAUGUCGUAUUACUCAUUACAAGAAACACCAGAUCAUAGCGGUCAACAAUUAGAACUUAAAGAGUCAUUUGAAAUAGAUUUAUCAGAAUUAGAUGAACUUUUUGCUUUGUGGAAAAACAAAUAUAGAUGUAAUGCAACAUAUGUAAUGUCAUUAUGCGGUGAAGCUGUCAAAAAAGAUCAUGUCAAAAAAUGGAUUGAUGUGUAUUAUAAACAAGAUUUUAAAACAUUACAAAUUAUUAAUCGUGAUGAAUUAUUUCCUCUAUAUGAAAUCUUUGAAGAAUCGAUUCGCCAUGAAAUAGAAUCAAUUUUAGGAAUAAAAAAUGAGGAAAAUGAGAAAAUACUUAUGACAGGAAUUACGCAAAUUAUUGAAAAUACCAAAUAUUAUCACGUAAGCUUUCCAGUUCGAUUAAAUAGCAGUAAUUAUCAAAUUUUUGCAAAGAUCGUUAGGACCAAUAAGCGACCAAAUAGUGCUAUAGAUACAGCCUUUGUAAUAAUACAAUCCGCAACUAAGACUGGCUUUUUAGCAAUAAUUGAAAAUUUUGACAAAAUCAGAAAUAUAGAUCCAACAGAAUUACAAAUUAUAUGGAUGUUGGUUGGGCUGCCAAAUGAAAUUAACUUUUUCAGCACACAUACACGAAAAUUAUCAGUAUUAAAUAUGAAACAUCAAGAAGUUGAAUCAGAUAAAAAAAGCAUAUUAUUAGAAAUUCCAGACAAUUGCCCUGAAACUUCAAUAUUGGCAUUAUCAUUUGAAUUUCUUUUAAAUUGCGAUAAAUCAACAAACCAGAAACAUCAAAUCAAACUAAAUAUAGAAAGUGAUGUUUGUUCAGAAGAUAAAUUACCCGAAAGUAAUGAACCCGAAAGCGAUGAUGAUUCAAGCAACAUAUCAGAAGAAAGCCAAGAACACGCUAUAAAAUAUUCUUUAUAUUCGUGCAUUUUUGUUCUUGACAAAGAUGAUUUUAUAGAAGCUGAUAUAUCACCUAACGAAAAUAAAUUUAUACAUUUGAAGAUAAUGGGUUUGACGAUCAGUUAG